UCUUUUUAUGUCACUAUCGCUGUUUGCAUGUAGACGCAGCCAAUCUCUUCCCUAUGACGCCGGCGAGGCUGGGCUCAGAAGGGUUUGAUCAUAAUAUUUAACACACCCACCCAGUAAGAGCACCAUACUAGUUCGACUGAGAAGUAUAACAGCCACGGGACAAGUGGAAGCCAAAAUCUCUGCACCUGCCAAGCGGUGUAGCCUACUCGCUCUGCUGUUCCUUGACCCUAAAGACGGUGACGGGAGAUGUAUAUUUUUGACAGGAUCUGGCCUAGGCUCGCAUCUAGGUAUCUUCAGCUGACAGUGCAUCACAUGUUUUUUAAAUCUCGUCGAUUUUUUUGCGUUGCUUUUCUUUAACGUAUUUUUGUGUGCCUGUUGCUAUUUCCUACAAGGACUGUGGCUACAUUUUUAAAUCUGAAAUUGAAUAAAGACUGUCCCAACGACUUUUAACAAAAAUGACGAUUGGACAGCAUUGACACGUUUUUAUGCUCAGCAUUGCAUGUUCUGAGGAUGGAACAGUGCUUUCGAGACGCAAUUGUGCUAAAACACGUUUAAUUAAAAUUCCCUAAACUAUUCACUGCUAUUACGAUUAGAUAUCGUUUUGUCCCGUAUUCAGAAUAGCCACAGACCGAUUUGCUUUAAGGUGCCUGCAAUCCGCAAUGAGUCGGCAUGUCCAUCUGGCUGAAUAUGAAUAAUUCAGUUUUUUCUAAAAGACCAGCGCUCUGUGCGUAAACAUGGAGUUUCUGAUAUAACACGGAUUAUGUUUGGAAUGACCAGAAAAAAUCUCUUAAUGGUCUACAUUGGGUUUUUGCUCCAUAUUUCACAUUGACUAUCAUUUUAAUAUAUAUCGGUGUUGUGCGCUGCUUUUAUGGUUUAGUGAUAUAACAACACUACUUAGAAGUAAAUCCUGUACAAAAUGAUCAAGAUGAUACUGUUUCGUAAAUUUCGAGUUUUGAUACUCAUGGUGUUUUUGGUGGCGUGUACCAUGCACAUUAUGAUAGACUUGCUCCCAAAACUAGAGAAGCGAGCGGCGGGACCGGAAACCGGCAACGGUGGCUGCCAGUGCACUCACAACCCGAGCGAGGAGGCCGGGAGCUGGGGGAAGCAACGCGCUAGGUCGGUGGCGGAACAGGGCUGGCCUAACAAACACACGCUGAGAAUCCUGCAAGAUUUUAGCAACGAGCCGAGCUCAAACCUCACGUCCCAUUCCCUGGAAAAAAUCCCUGCCGCCGGGGAGAGAGCCGAGUCUUUCAAACGAAUGAAACAGUACGACGGGGCAGCGGAUAACCAGAAGCCGCUCAUCAGAGACGCCAGCGGGGGUAAGACCGUUGCUGCGCCCGGUAUCUUCCGGCUGCCGGCUCUGUUCGAGCAUCCUUUAUACAAGACGGACCUGCCGACCCUCACAGACGACGACACCUUGUUCAACGUCAAUACUGACAUCAGGUUCUAUCCGAAAGCAGCGGGGAAUCAAGAAUGGCACAAUGAAGCCAAUGUGGAAGAGGAGGAGUACCCCCCUACAGGGGAGGUGACAGCCGAGUCCUACCCUAACUGGCUUCGCUUCCACAUCGGUAUCAACCGCUACGAACUCUACUCCAGACACAACCCUGUCCUGGACUCCCUGCUCAAGGACCUGGUCACCCAGAGGAUCACCAGUGUGGUCAUGAAGUCAGGAGGAACUCAACUGAAGCUCAUCAUGACCUUCCAUAACUACGGACAGGCGCUGUUCAAGCCCAUGAAGCAGACCAGGGAACAGGAGACACCCCCGGACUUCUUCUACUUCUCUGAUCUGGAGAGACACAACGCUGAGAUCGCUGCCUUUCAUUUGGACAGGAUCCUAGACUUCCGGAGAGUGCCCCCGGUGGCGGGAAGACUGGUCAACAUGACCAGGGAGAUACGGGAUGUGACCAGGGACAAAAAGCUCUGGAGGACUUUCUUCAUCUCCCCAGCCAAUAACAUAUGUUUCUACGGCGAGUGCUCCUACUACUGCUCUACUGAGCAUGCUCUGUGUGGGAAGCCGGACCAGAUCGAGGGUUCUCUGGCUGCCUUCCUGCCAGACCUGGCCCUGGCCAAACGCAAGACCUGGAGGAACCCUUGGAGACGAUCCUACCACAAACGCAAGAAAGCAGAGUGGGAGGUGGACCCAGACUACUGUGACGAGGUGAAGCAGACUCCUCCCUUUGACCGUGGUUCUCGUCUGCUGGACAUCAUGGACAUGACCAUCUUUGACUUCCUCAUGGGUAACAUGGACCGGCACCAUUACGAGACUUUUGAGAAGUUUGGAAACGAGACCUUCAUCAUCCAUCUGGACAAUGGAAGAGGGUUUGGGAAACACUCCCACGACGAGCUCUCCAUCCUGGUGCCUCUGAGCCAAUGCUGCAGAGUGAGGAAGUCGACCCACUUGCGUCUGCAGCUGCUUGCCAAGGAGGAGUACCAGCUGAGCCGUCUGAUGGAGGAGUCCCUGCUGCAUGACCGCCUCCACCCCGUCCUCAUCCAGCCCCACCUGGAGGCCAUGGACCGGAGGCUGCGCCUGGUGCUCCAGGUCCUGGCUGUCUGCGUGGAGAAGGAGGGCUACAGUAAAGUGGUGGAGGUGGACGACCACCACUGGGCCAGAGAAGCCAGAGGGGGCAGGGACACAGCCACCCACAGGAACCCAGGGCACAGGUAGUGAGGCCUGGCUAGGAAGAGAGGGAGAUGGGGGGUGGAGGGGUGGUACCCUUGGUUCUCCCGCUUCUCCCCAUCCUGGACCUCCAAAGAAACUACCGCUGAUGGUGAACCAACCAUGGGUGUCUGGUCUCACGGAGAGACUGACUGGAUCCUGUGACUGUGCGGGAGCCGCCAUUUUGAAUUCAGUGAAUUCCGAGACUUGCCGUCAAUGCCUCUAUGGAACCUCCCAUGUACGUGUGUUUAUAUAUAGGUACUGUUGGUCCACAGAUAUAGCAGUGAGCUGAGGAGAGAAGAGGCCUGGUCUUUGCUAAGUACCAAUGUUUCAUGACUUCUCUUGGACAUGAUAAAUAGGGACCAUUUUGAUUUUACUUUGUUGGUUUUCUUAUUUUAUGUUUUUUGGGUUGUUUGAAUGCGAAGGCUAUCAUUGUUUGCUCGGGUUAACACUAAGCUAGCUACAGUAUAUUUGUGUUACACAACCAAAUGAGAUUUUACUUUAACAAGUUAAAAUGUGGUUUGAGCUUUAUUUAUGCACAGUAACUGGAGGAAUGGAAUAGAAGGUUUAUAAAGCUUUAAUUUUAAAGGGCGAGAAUGAAAAGAAUAUAGUAUAUUAUUUAUGAUGAAUGUCAGUAUGACCGUUAUUUAUUAGUUGCCUCCAUUUUCAACCCAUCACUAUCUAUGACUAUGCUAUAGGCCUCCAUUACUGAGACAUUAUACAAGAGGCUAUUUACAGUACAGAAAUUACCUGCUAUUUACAAAGAAAUUACAUGGUAAAAUGGUAAUUGUACAGUAAUACCCUAUUAAUUACUACAUAAAGUACUCAUUUGGUACGUUGGGAUUCAAACUAGCAUUUAUAUAUACACCAUUUUGAUCCAGGUAGUUCCCAAUUGUGGUGAAUUUUAAGCAUAAAGUAUAGUGAAAGCCCCAGUUAGAACUCAGCGAUGCCACAUAGUUUCCUAAUAAGCACCACCUAAAUACCAGUCGAAGCAGUACACCAUUAAAGAAAGUGCUACCGGUUUCCUUUUCAAUAAAGCUUUCAGUUCAACUUAAAUUCAGUGUUCAAAGCCUGGAUGGAAGCAGCUCUCUUAAACAAGGGCUCUUAUAGAAGCACCUCUCAGCAGCCCAGAAGUUGACUAGUGUUGAGUGCCCUUGCCCUCAUCCAUUAAAAUGAGAUAUCAUUCAAUCUUUCCAUUUCUUUUCAUCAAAGCCUUCCAUCAAAAUGUGUCACUCGUUCAUGGUUGGCACUUAAGAUAAUUGCUGCCCCAUUUAUUCAGAAAUUCAGCAUUUUUGACUGAGGAACUUCUAAAUCAAUGCUUUGCUGGAAUGGCUGGAAUGAAAACAUGCUGCGUGGUAUACUAGGACAUGUUUUUCAAGGACAUGAGAAUGGCCUUUACAGGAAGUUGUGAUAGAUGAUGACAGUGUGACUGACAUGGCUGACAUGUUUGUUUUUGCUGAGAUCUCACGUUAGCUGAGCCUAUCUGUUCUGGUCUCAGCUGGCAUGGCAGCCCUGGCUUACAGGAUGUGGAGAUUCAUACAAAUAAUAAUAAUACAGGACUAUGUAAAUACUGCCAUGAGAGAAUAUUUACAUUUACAUUUACAUUUUAGUCAUUUAGCAGACGCUCUUAUCCAGAGCGACUUACAGUAGUAUCAAUCUGACACUAUUCAUUUAAUUGGCCUUUGAGGUCUUGGUAAAAAUCCCCAUAUAGCUGCACAUAUCAUGUAACAAAUGAGAGAUUUUUGUUGUUUUUCCCCCAAAAUACAUUAUCUCUUUGCUUUAUCCCCACGUGAGAUUGUUUUAUUACCAACAAUCUCUCACCAGUUUUGCUCACACUUCACGCAGCCUCAAGUUGACGUCAGUAACACUGAAAUUAUUAUUUUGGAGAUCGAAAUAGUCUAGUCUCUAUCCAUGUGGCUGUAAAGAUGGGUUGGAACUGUGAUUACAGUGUAUACCAGUAUUCAAGUCAGAUGCACUACCCCGUUGUCAUGCCAUUCAUCUUUCAUACCAACUAAAGUUACCAUUACAACACCAAACAAAUGUAAAAUGCCGUUUUCUGUUACAGUCCAGGCUACACAGUAACUUCUGUUGUAUUGUUCAAUGCUUUUCCAAAUGAAAAUAGGAUUUAUUGACGUGUCAACAUUUAAAAAUGGAUGUGGAAAUAAGGGGUAUGUUCUAAGGUUUUUCAUUUUUUUGAAACAUUCCUCAUUAUGUUUUGAUACUAAUUAUGUUUUGGUACUAUUUAAUGUUAUGUCCAUUUUAUGAUCUGAAAAGCUGUGUUUGAUUGCUGGAAGUGUUGAGCUCAAUACAGGCAUUCUAUAUUCCACCAAUAGCCCCUAGAAUCUGUCUACGUAUGGCUAACCUGGUGCCUGUGCAACGUUGGGUAUACUUGAAUGUUUCGGGUGGCCAUACGACCAGGACUACAACUACAUAGAGUUCACACUACAGCCUGUGUGACCUGGAUCCUCAGACUAAGUUGAAAGAGUUAACAUUAUACAUUUACGUUUGAGUCAUUUAGCAGACGCUCUUAUCCAGAGCGACUUACAGUAGUGAGUGCAUACAUUUUUGCAUACUUUUUUGUACUGGUCCUCCGUGGGAAUCGAACCCACAACCCUGGAGUUGCUCUACCAACUCAGCCUUCUCCUCCCUUCAUACAGCAGCAGUUAAAGGGUUAACUCAGCCCUGGGCGAUUUUCAUAUUGUCACUGUAAAUAUCUAUAAAUAUAUUGGAAGACCUAAGAGGCUGCAGUGCUGCAGCGAUACGCUUCUGUUCUGUUUUCUCCUAUUGCGUUGUUGCUGUGAACAUCUGUUUGCUAAAUGAUAAAGGUGUGCAAUAAAAAAAAUGUACAACAAA